AUCCAGCAGAAAAAUAUCUCAAGCUUGGUCCUAAAUGUUGAAAUUGAAUUGCCUCCAACUCUUCUGGACAAAUUUAAGGAACAGACAAAUGCUCUUAUAUCUAGAAUCAUUUUUGUUAUCUACGGAAAUACAAAACUUUUCCAGAGUGAAAAUAACAGCACCGUAUUAAACAAUCUCGUGAGUGGAAUAGAAGUGGUGAAUGUCACCAUUGAAAAUCUCCAAGACCCAGUGAUUAUUGUCUUUCAGAAUACAACCUUACCGACUAAGACAAGUGCAAAAUGUGUCUUUUGGGAUUUCAAAAAGGGGAGCACAAGUCUUGGCACUUGGAGUGAGUCUGGUUGUACGACAGAAAUUCAACCUCAUAACAUCAGCUGCAAGUGCAACCACUUGACCUCGUUUGCUGUCUUACUG